AGCAUCGUGCGCGAUUUUAGAUAGGUUGAAGCUUCCCCAACUGAAGAGAAGGGGAGAAUAAGGCUCGAUGCCAAAAACCGCUGUAAGCAAAUGGAGGUUUUGAGGAAAGAAGAGGGGAAGCCAUGGCGAGUCCUGGAAUUCUACAGCGGCAUUGGUGGCAUGAGAUAUUCAUUGAUUAAGGCGGAAGUAGAUGCUGUGGUGGUGGAAGCAUUCGACAUUAAUGACGUUGCUAAUGAUGUUUAUGAGCAUAAUUUUGGGCACCGUCCGCACCAGGGUAACAUUCAGACCUUUAGUGCUGUUGACCUUGACAACUACAAGGCAGAUGCAUGGCUCUUAUCUCCUCCUUGCCAACCUUACACACGGCAAGGUCUCCAGAAGGGGUCGAGUGAUGCUAGAGCUUCUUCUUUCCUGAAGAUUCUCAAACUUAUACCACAAACUUCAAGGCCUCCACUCAUGCUAUUUGUGGAGAAUGUUGUAGGAUUUGAGACCUCUGAUACACAUAAGAGGAUGAUUGCAAUGCUGAGAGAAAACCAUUUUGACACACAAGAAUUUAUUCUAAGCCCUUUGCAGUUUGACGUACCCUAUUCUCGGCCUCGCUAUUUUUGUCUGGCGAAGCGGAAACCUCUUUCUUUCCGGAAUUCAGAAUUCAAUGGUAAGCUUCUUUGGACUCCAGGCCCUGUACUUGGAUUCAAUGAAAGCAUGGUGACCACUGAAGAAGCAGAUUCACAAGGAUACUUAAAUAAAUUACUAGAAACUUGUCGGCCAAUUAUUGAUUUUCUGGAACUGAAGAGUUUUACUAGUGAAGUAAUUCCAGAUUCUGGCACUAUGCUCGCCAACAGUUCUGAAAGUUCAAAGGUUACUGAAGAAAGAAAUGGAUCUGAUAAUCCGUUAAAUCAAUAUUUAGUGCCAUCUAGCCUGGCAGAAAGAUGGGGAAACGCUAUGGAUAUUGUUUUCCCUGAAUCAAAGCGCUGCUGCUGUUUCACCAAAAGUUACUUUCGAUAUGUGAAGGGUACAGGUUCCCUUUUGGCAACUGUUCCGGGAAAGAUGAAAGAUAAAGUGUCUUCCUUGCAAGAGCUUCGUCUUAGGUACUUCACACCGAGGGAGGUCGCCAAUUUACAUUCUUUCCCGGAGGACUUCCAAUUUCCAGGACAUGUUAGCCUUCGUCAACGUUAUGCUUUGCUGGGAAACAGUUUGAGUGUUGGAGUGGUGGCACCCCUAUUUCACUAUCUAUUUACUCAUGAAUGAUUCUAAUGCUACUGCACUCUCCAAUGAUACAAAUGCGGAUGAUAUCCUCAUAACUCAACUGAGGCGGCAAACCGAUCAAUUGCUACUUCAUCGAGUUCUUGCUGUUGGAAAUCCUCAAACUCCAUCUCAUGCACAUAACAUCUUUGCCUGGGGUACACUAUUACUUCUUGAAGGUUUGACUUGCAUACUGUGAACAACAGGGGCUGCGCUGCCGGCCUCGGCUCCUCAAGUGA